CUGUAAUUAUGAGACCCAUGAACACAACAUGAGGGUACGUUGAGAGUGAAACUCUGGAUACUUGAAACACACGGUGCCACAGAUAUAGUAUCAUCUUCGGCACAGGUCCGCCAUCAUUCUACAUGACUUAUCAAAGCUGAUCAGAUACCUAGUACAGACUGCGUCGCCCACUGUUUCGCUUUUGCUGUCUGGCCUAAUUCAAUGGCCACAUUGCUCUCAAUAUGACAGCGUACCUCAUUAGCAUAUCUAGUUAAUCCGGUUUAAAGUGUCGCUGCCAUGUGUGUUCAAGUAAACACUAUAGAAAUUGAAUAUGUCGGAAGAACAGUCGUGAGCUUCCCCUUGUUAUCGGGGUCGCGACGCUUGUUGCGCAGCCCGCCAUCUCACCUCGAGUUUGCCGGUCAUGGCCUGACACAAGCUAGAAACUAGGACGGCUCUGGCAUCUGUCGCCAUAGUUUGGCUUAUAUAAUCACUGCUUCUGUCCGAACCCCACCAAGUGACCUUACAUUAACCGAGCAUAUGGCGGUCCGGGUCUGGUUGCAAAGGGCCGAGGUCGUCGACUCGCGCGUCCACGCAAAUGCACAAGUGCCGUCAUGGGGGAAUGCCCGCCAACAGCCUUAAAGCUUGGCUUCUGCGUCCCGGCUAGUCCAACGGUCAUUUGAUAUAGACUUCUCCUCCUCUCGCUGGAGACUAUCCUGCUGGCUGUCAACUAUUAAACGCAAGUCUCUAAUCGCUGUCGUCGUUGUCUUCGUCUUUCUUCGCCGCCCCAUCGUCGCCCUCUCCCUCUCCUCUCUACCUCGGAUCCUGAUCGGCGUGGAACGCCAACGCCGACGCCGUUACCGAGGUUGGCGUGACUAUCCCUCCCCUUGGGCCACAACGCGUACGGCCGUUGAGAUCGCAAGAAACCCAGACAAUCCUCUUAGCCAUCGAGUAAAGAAAACCUCGCAAUGGCUGCGCAGUCCAAAUCAGCUCCUAUUGCCCCAUGGGGCAAAGCCGUUGCUGGCGCGUCCGGCGCUGUGCUUGCCAACGCCUUGGUGUAUCCUCUUGACAUCGUCAAGACGCGUCUCCAGAUCCAAGUCAAACCACAGUCCACCACGGCAACGACCGAACCGGCCGAACCGACGGAUCACGUUGAGCCUCACUACUCCUCUACCUGGGAUGCCUUGAGCAAAAUCGUUGCCGAAGAUGGACCAAAGGGCCUAUAUGCCGGCAUGAGCGGCUCUCUCCUCGGCGUCGCAUCGACCAACUUUGCCUACUUCUACUGGUACUCCGUCGUACGCGCUCUCUAUCUGCGCUCGGCCAAAAGCUCGGCGCCGCCCUCGACACUGAUUGAGCUAAGUCUUGGCGCUGUUGCUGGUGCGGUCGCACAGCUCUGUACGAUUCCUGUUGCUGUCAUUACGACAAGACAGCAGACGCAGCGAAAGACAGAGAGAAAAGGGUUUGUUGAUACUGCGCGGGAAGUAAUUGAUGGAGACGAUGGUCUUUUUGGCCUGUGGAGGGGCUUGAAGGCGAGUUUGGUACUGGUCGUCAACCCCGCCAUCACAUAUGGCGCCUACGAGCGGCUCAAGGAAGUUAUAUUUCCUGGGAAGAACAACCUGAAGCCUUGGGAGGCAUUCCUGCUAGGCGCCGCCUCCAAAUCGUUGGCGACCAUUGCCACGCAACCUCUUAUCGUAGCCAAGGUAGGUUUGCAAUCCCGGCCACCGCCGGAAAGAAAGGGCAAGCCUUUUAGCAGCUUUGUUGAGGUUAUGAGCUUUAUUCUGGAGCGGGAGGGUGUCUCGGGCCUCUUCAAGGGUAUCGCGCCUCAGAUUCUCAAGGGUCUUCUGGUUCAAGGCAUCCUGAUGAUGACCAAGGAGCGCAUGGAACUGUUGUUUGUUCUCUUCCUACGUUAUCUCAAGAAAAUGCGUACGAAGCAGUUGCAGACCGUCACGCAGAGUGCCGCGGCGGUCCGCCACACAUCUUCAAUGAAGCCUUUUUGAACUGUGAGGCGGGCCAUCGGGCGCAUCCAUUGCAUGAAUGUUGCAUAGCUGUGGUAACGAGGCAGUUGCAUCACGCAUAGCGAAUCUAGAUGGUGCCUGACGGGCGUGGAUAGAAUGAGAAGCAUACGAUUUGGGCCAGGUUAACGGGUAAAGGAAGCCGCAAUGCGGAGGAAAGCAGAGAGAGGAGCGGCGCUACUACAGCAUGACCGGUGGACGGGCUGGAUAUUACCGCC